AUGGUGGGGUCUCCGUUCGUUGUCCCACCCAGGCCGAUUCUUUCACUGAACCCACAGGAAGACGUCCAGUUUCAGAAGGAAGUGCAGCACGUCAGCCAGCGAGUAACCCAGCAAAAAAAGCAAGAAAAACUUAUUCCUGGAGUAAUUUUUGUGGGCCUUCUGUCUCCAGCACUUUAUGAAACCCAAAUCAAAGCAUAUUUCUCCCAGUUUGGCACUAUUAUAAGAUUUAGACUAUCCAGAAGUAAAAAGAUUGGAAAUAGAAGAGGCUAUGCCUUUGUGGAGUAUAAGUCUGAAGAUGUUGCCAAGAUAGUUGCUGAAACAAUGAAUAACUACAUUUUUGGUGAAAGACUCUUGGUGUGUCAUUUUAUGCCACCAGAAAAAGUACACAAAAAACUUUUUAAAGAGUGGAAUGCUCCAUUUCGUCAGCCAUCGUAUCCAGCCAUGAAGCGGUAUAAUCGGAAUCCGACAUUUUUUCAAAAAUGCAAAUGGAAGAGCAAUUUAAAAAGAAAGAAAAAUUUCUCAGGAAAAAAAAUAGCAGCAAAAGGAAUUAAUUAUGAUUUUUCUUCAUUGGUUUUAUCAUCCAGUAAGACCAAAGAUCCUUCAGAUAAACCUACAAAGAAGAAAAAGUCUUCAGGCAUACCAAAGAAGAAGAAGAAGUGGGUUUCUAAAGGCACUGCUGCCACUCCUGAGAAGUCUAUAGAUAGCCAGGGCCCUACACCAGUUUGUACACCAACAAUGUUAGAGAAACUAAAAUCUGAAGUGGCGGGAAUGGAUGAUGAUGAAGAUAAUGAAAUAGUUUUCAAGCAGGCCGUAUACGGUGAAGAAGGAGCAGUAGAGACUCCAACACCUAAACAGUCAGGGAAGAAAAGACAAAGACAAAAACCAAAUGGAGAAGCCUUGACCAUCACUGCAUCUCAUAGUGACCUGGAUAUUUCCCUGGUCCCAGAAGUUUGA